AUGUCUUCCUUGAAUGAGCUCCUCAAAAUCGCAAACCCAGUUCGUGCGCAUGCCUUGAAAACAUUCAGUGUGACUGCACAUCCAGACGAGGUGCUCCAAAUCCCCUCGCGAGAAGAAGGGCGUUUUAUUCGCAUUCAUGCCUACAAUACGCUCAAUCGGGAUAGCCCGACUCCAGCCCUUGUCAACUUCCAUGGUAGCGGAUUCGUGAACCCUUUGCAUGGGAGUGACGACGAGUUUUGUAAAUUCAUUGCCUUGAAAACUGGAUUUGCGGUUCUGGACUGCGCCUAUCGACUGGCACCAGAACAUAAGUUUCCUGCUGCGGUCCACGACGCCGAAGACGCCGUUCGAUGGAUUCUUUCACAGCCGGAGACGUUCGACACAUCCCAACUAUCAAUCUCGGGCUUUAGUGCAGGGGGAAUCUUGUCUCUGGUUCUCAGCUCGGUGGUCUUCCCACAAGGGACAUUCAAAAAUGUAUUUGCCGCCUAUCCUUUAACGGAUAUGGUGGAAAGUCCUGCAGACAAGAUUGCCCCUGAUACAUCCAUAGACAGUGCACCGGUCGAGCUACUGGAUAUCUUCAUACAAUGCUAUUAUUCAAGCCCCGAAGAAGUGAAGAGUGUCCUUGCUUCGCCAUCUGUGAUACCAACUGAAAAGUUCUCAGGUAGGAUUUUUCUCGUUACCGCGGCUUGUGAUCGCCUCUGUCUUGAGGGAGAGGCGCUUGGAAACAGGAUCAAAGAUACGACAACCAAGUAUAUCAAGAUGCAUAGGUAUGACGGGUGUGGGCACGCUUUUGACAAAGCAUAUGAGAAAGGAUCGGUACAGGAGCGAGCGAAAGAUGACCUCUACCAACAGGCGGCCCUAUUCCUAACGGCAUGA